AUGAGGAAGAAACUGGUAGUGGUGGACGAAGAUUCUCAAAGUGACGAAAAUGACGUUAGUUAUCGAAAAUUCUCUAUUGAAAUCAUGCCACAUGAAGUUUUCAACCAGGAUUCAUCCAAAAAACAGGAAUGUUCGACCCAACAAGAAGUUGAUCUGUUCAAAUUAGAUACGGAAGAUGGCGAAAUUCGGGACAACGGUGAUGAUUUGAAAUUAUGUAUCGAUGGAAAUGUCGGUAAUACUGAGCAAACAAUAAAAUUAGAUGAGAAUAAAACUGAAGAAUCUAAAUCUGAACAAACUGAUAUCAAAAAAGUUAUUGCAAAUAAAAAUUUUAAAUCCAACGGAAUUUGGGUAUCCAACAUAACUCGUAGCAUAAAGGCAGCUGAUCUAAAAAAUCUCUUCAAUAAUUUAGGAAAAGUAGUAUCCGCAAAGAUUUUAACUAAUGGCAAAAGCUUAUACGGCUUUGUAUUGAUGGAGAAUUCAGAAGUAGCAUCGAAAUGCGCAUCAGAGUUCAACAACACCGUUUUUCACGAUAUCAAAUUAACUGUUUCUAAAAACAGACCUGAUAUUAUAGCAAAAACCCCAGAUUCCGGUAAGAAGAAAACUGAUAGAUCAAAAAGAUCGAAAGUUGAACAAUCAAUUGAGAACAAAAAAAAUGAGAAGGUUAGAAACAAAGCCGAUAAUAGAAAAGAUAAUAUGCAUAAAGAUCGAAAAGCAAAAAAAUCAUCAGAAAAAUCACCACCAGCAAGCGAAAUCAAUUAUGAAAAAAAAGUUAUUAUGCUUCGAUCGAAAAUAGAUUCUUUAUAUCAAUUGAACUGUAAGUUGGAAAGAAAAUUAGACAAUAUGCAACGUCUCUACAAUGCCGAAUCCAAAAAAUAUAGCAAACUAAAAACAGAAAUGAAAAAAAUUCAAGAUCAGAAUCGUGAAGAACGCAGACGUUUGAAUUUGGACAGAGAAAAUUUCGAAAAGAUGAAAAAAAUCGAACAAUCCAGAUUGGACCUCGAUAGAAUGACAUUGAAUAAAGAGUUAUCAGACACAAAGAAAUUAAAAGAUAACCUCAAGUACAAACUAGAUGAAAUCAGAUUCGAAAGAGCUUCAAAACGAACUAGAUCUCCGAGUCCAAGACGUCGAAGUCCUAUAGGAUUAAGAAAUGUCGAUACAUACAAAGAAAAGAAAUUCAAACGCGGCGAUAAUUACAACAGAGACAGAACUCCUUCUCCUCCGAAUCUUAGUUCCGAGAUAUCGAAGAGAUCUGGAAAUGUGAGUAGUGCGUCAAGUCGUCAAACAUAUUAUUCUGAUGGAACGAAAGCUCCUGCUGCAGUUUAUCCAUUCCGACAAGCCAACGUGUACGGGCAAAACCAUUGGGUAGGAGCACAUCCGAAGGAUCAAAGACGUAAUAACGUCAUACAAGGUAACAAUUUCCAUAAUUCGAGAUACAAUGGUCCUUCAGCAGCUCAUCCAUCAUCCUCGGUAGUCGUACCUCCUAGAGCUGGCAAUAUUUAUUAUCAGCAUUGGUAG